GUGAGCCGAGUUAGCAGCCAGACGCAAUCUCUUCCAGUCUCGCAAUUAGCCCGAAACUAACAGUAGGAGCCAACAUGAAAGCCGUAAUCUUUGUGCUAUUUGCCGCCCUGGUGGCCGUCAACGCCCAGACGUAUCAGCAGUGCUCGAGGACGCCCCAGUACACGGAGAAGAUCGAUCCCCUCAACUGCCCGACGGCCACCGUCAAGCUGCCGAAUUACGAGAACGCCCAGACCUACUAUCAGUGCGCCAAGGGUGUGAGCUCGUACACCACCACCCUGACCACCUGCUCCAACAACCAGUACUUCAGCUACGUCUUGCAGACGUGCCAGCCCUGCGACACCUACCUACCGACCACCCACUGCGAGGGCCUGCCCUUCAAUGCCACCUGCGUGCCCUUGGCGGCGGACACUAGCUCUACCUCUACGACUACUACGACUACUACAACCACUACCACUACGACCACGGAGGCUCCAAGUUCUUCCACAACGACCACUGUGGCUCCGUCUACUAACACUACCUCGGGUGUUCCUGAGCCUCCCACUGAGAGUCCCUCCGACGGGUCUAGCUCAACCACCGACGACGGCAUCAACACGCCCACGGGCACCACCAUCAAUGUGCCACAGCCUCCGUCUCCCGGUGAUAGCGAUGUGCCCACUCCUCAGACGCCGGUGCCCACCGCUCCGAUCAUCAACAACGGACCCCCGGUGGCCAGCGAGGCACCCACUGCCACGUAAACUCCAGACGAGACGAGACGAUCGCAUCCAAACCCACAAUUUUUUGGCUGAAUAAAGUGUUAUCCGCACUUGGAAUGAAA